AUGGAGGGUGGAAAGGGAUGUUCAGUUUUAACACUGUUAUUGAUAUGCAGCGCUAAAUACUGUGCAGGAAAACGAUGCGUUGAUGACGUUAAGGGUGUGUGUAAUGCAAAUGAUCUUUUUGGUUGGUGUUUCUACAGUCAAAGUAGUGGUGUACUGAACUGUGAUGAAGAAAAAUUUUGCGCCAAACAAGCACAAAUUAGGACAAAAUUGUCAGCUUAUGGAUGCUUCAACCGAAGUGAAACUGAAGUGAACUGCUGUUGUAAUGAAGCGUCAAUGUGCAACUACCAGUUUAUUGAAGAUUCAAAGGGCGCUAAUGAAGAGCAUGAAACUUCUGUUCAUUCACAAACUUGCAGCUUUUUGUAUACCGUCGAAAAAACAGAAUAUCAUUUCAAUUCUUGUCGAGAUCCAUGGUGUUUCAGUCUUUUGAUUCAGAAUAUCAGUUCAGAAGGAUUAGGCCGUGAGGAGUCCUCUCUUAAAGGUUGCCAAUCUUGGAUUCUUCACAGAAUACUCGAUGCCAAAGAAAGGCCACAACUUAGUGCAAAACUGCCAUAUAUUGAAACGAUGAAAAUUUUCUUGGAAAAACCACGUUGUAGUGAAAUUGUUGGCUCUAAAGUUACAACAAUGAAUGAAACGCGACAAGCCUGCGUCGACUUCUAUUUUAAGGUAGCAAACUCUGAUUUAUCAAAUAUUCUUUUAGGUGGUUUCCAAUGA